AUGCAGGGAACCCGAGUUAAUGGGCCAGUUGCUACACAAGACAACAGGCCUGUCGCGCAUCCUGAACUGUGGGAACCAUUCAAAAAGUACACACUCGAGGAGCUGUUGGAAGUGCACAAACGGUACUACCUGAAGAUGCGACAUAACACACUUGCCAGUUUCUGGAAUGAGUGGUAUGGCCUAGAAGAAUUCGAGGACGGUUUUGGUGGAAUAGAUGGUCGCAACAAGAAGCACGGCUCUAAGUGGAGGAAACACCUUCCGGCUACUGAAUUAUCCUACAGGACAAGACUACACAACGGCAUUGUAUCCAUUGACAAUGACAACAACAAGGAGACCAAAGACGUGAUCGAAGAAUGGGAGCCUCUUUUCACCGUCGCAAGAAACAGCAUUGGCAACCUUGUCAAGGCACUACAACAACAAAACAAGCUACCGAAAGGAAAGAGAUGCGGCAAACCAAAGGACUAAGUAGAUUUAAAACUAUUCUAGAAACCAGUAG